AUGUCAAUCAUAUGUUUCCUGAGAAACGACUUGCGACUCCACGACGAGCUUUUCCACUGGGCUCAGAGAAAUGCCGAGUGCAUUGUCCCACUGUACUGCUUCGACCCCAGACAUUAUGAGGGGACAUACAACUACAACCUACCAAAGACUGGGCCUUUCCGUCUGCGCUUCUUAUUGGAGAGUAUCAAGGACCUCAGAAGCACACUGCUCAACAAGGGAAGCAACCUCGUGGUCAGACGAGGUAAGCCGGAGGAGGUAGUUGCAGAACUCAUCAAGCAGCUGGGAUCUGUCAGCACAGUGGCGUUCCACGAAGAGGUGGCCUCGGAAGAACUGAAUGUCGAGAAGCGAGUGAAGGAUGUCUGUGCACAGAUGAAGGUCAAAGUUCACACCUGCUGGGGAUCGACGCUGUACCACAGAGAUGAUCUUCCAUUUCCCCACAUAUCCAGGCUGCCUGAUGUGUACACUCAGUUCAGGAAGGCAGCGGAGACCCAGAGCAGGGUGAGGCCUCUCCCCCAGGGGUUGGAGGAAGGAGCCAUUCCUACAGCCGAGGACCUGGAACAGAUAGUGGAUAGCCUCUGCAGUGGUGGUGAAAGUCCAGCUCUGGCCAGACUCAAACACUAUUUCUGGGACACUGAUGCGGUUGCGACCUACAAGGAGACACGUAAUGGCUUGAUUGGGACAGAUUAUUCCACUAAAUGUGCACCCUGGCUGGCGAUGGGUUAUUCACCCAGGUAUAUUUAUCAUCAGCUCCAGCAGUACGAAAAGGAGCGAACAGCCAAUCAGAGCACAUACUGGUGAGUCUUUUAUUUAUGUCUUGGGGAUUACUUUAAGUUUGUAGGCGUCAAGUAUGGAAACAAACUGUUUCAGAUUAAAGGACUCCAAGAUAAAUCUGUUCCAUGGAAAAAGGACACGACUGCUUGGAAAGAAGGACGAACAGGAGUGCCUUUCGUGGACGCCAACAUGAGAGAGCUGGCGAUGACGGGCUUUAUGUCCAACAGGGGGCGGCAGAAUGUUGCUAGCUUCCUCACAAAAGACUUGGGCCUGGACUGGAGGAUGGGAGCGGAGCUGUUUGAAUACCUUCUGAUCGACCACGAUGUCUGCAGCAACUACGGCAACUGGCUGUACAGCGCUGGCAUCGGGAAUGACCCCAGAGAGAACAGGAAGUUCAACAUGAUAAAGCAAGGCCUCGACUACGACAACAACGGCGACUUUGUGCGGCAGUGGGUUCCCGAGCUGCAAGGGAUCAAGGGAGGCGACGUGCACGCGCCCUGGACCCUCAGCACCGCUUCGCUGUCGCAUGCUCAUGUGUCCCUUGGGGAGACCUAUCCCACCCCCAUCGGCAUGGCGCCUGAAUGGAGCCGUCACGUUAACAAGAAGCCGAGUGGCACCGGGCCUUCACCAAGAGGAAAGAAGGGCCCAUCUCACACUCCCAAACAGCAUCAAGACCGAGGCAUUGAUUUCUAUUUCUCCAGAAGCAAAAACCUUUAAACCUGUCUGAAAGCAAACACUGAACACGUGGACGGAUGCUCAGAGGAUCGAACCGCCAGUGACGCCAAAUGUGACUUUUACUGUAAAAUCGGUGUUGCGAACUGCCGUGUUGUUCGAGGGAAGUUGUCUGAUGAGUUAAAGAGGAAAUGCUUGUUCUGCUCCAACACUUGAACAUGUCUGAGCUGUUUGACAUCAGAUAAAUAGCUCCAAUAAAGCACCUUCUAUGGAAUUGUUUCCAGUUAGAUUGUAGAAACUCUUAAAGCCACAAUGGGCUCUUUUAGUCGUGCUGAUGUUUUUGUGCAGAUAAUUUGUUUUUAUGCCUGUUUGGAUGUACAGUUUCCCCCUUUUUGUAUUCGUGUUCAGGGGUAUGUGUUGCAGUUAUAAAAUAAAAUAGCUACAUUAAGAGA